AUGGCACAACUCCAUGCCUCCAAACUCCCCUAUCGCGACAUCAAUGUCAAGGUUGCCAACGACUCGUAUACCUUCGCCUCGCCCUCGUCCCCCGAUGCGCCUGCCCUCGUCAUCGACCGUCCUACUGGCGAUCUUCGUCUGAGCCCAGGCGGCGCCGCGUCGGCCAAGCGAGCGACUCGUGUCUCCAGUAUUGCCGGUAUUCUGGGAAUUAUCCAGCUCCGACUUGACAAAUAUGUCAUCUUCAUCACAAAGGCUCAGCCCAUGGGACGCCUCAAGGGCCACAUGGUCUACAAGGUCGCUGCCACCGAGAUUCUACCCAUGCGCGAGCGGUUGAUCCAUGACCCCGACGAGGAUGUCUUCAUCGAGCUCCUGAAGACAUUUCUUGCCUCCGGGCCCAUGUACUUCUCCUACUCUAUCGACCUCACCAACUCCUUCCAGCGCCAGUCCCUCGCCGACACCUCCAAGCCCCUGUGGAUGCGGGCCGAUGACCGCUUCUUCUUCAACAAGUAUCUCCAGAGCGACCUGAUCGAGUUCCGUAACAAUGGCGCCCGAUCCCAACCCGGUGCGCAACCGGCCAUCGACCCUUUCAUCCUACCAUGCAUAUUCGGCAUGCUCGAGAUCAAGCCCACCACCUUCAAGAGCAACCCUCUGACUAUGGUGCUCAUCUCUCGACGCUCACGCCACCGAGGCGGUACAAGAUAUUUUACACGCGGUGUAGAUGAGGAAGGACAUGUUGCCAACUACAACGAGACGGAGCAGGUCAUCAUUCUCAAUGACAGCAACAGUGGACUCGGUGGAUAUGCAGGCAGCUCAGACAUGCAGAGUGGCAAGUACGGUGCUGGCGCUGGCCAAGAGAUGCAGAUCUUUUCCUACGUCCAGACCCGUGGAAGUGUUCCUACGUUCUGGGCAGAGAUCAACAGCCUGCGAUAUGUCCCCAAGCUUCAGAUCCGGGGUAUCGAUGCAGCUCUCGCUGCCUCUCAGAAGCACUUUGACGAGCAGAUUCGCUUGUAUGGUGACAACUACCUCAUCAACCUCGUCAACCAGAAGGGUCGCGAGCGUCGAGUCAAGGACUCGUACGAGAAGAUGGUUGAGAAGCUCAUGUCUUCGCCCAAGGAGCUACACGAGGCUGACCUCCUCACCGACGAGAAGUUCACCACCAUACAGCCCGAGGGCAACCGCCAGGAGUUUGACCGGUUGCACUACGUCUACUUUGACUACCACAGCGAGACCAAGGGUAUGAAGAUGCACAAGGCCUAUGCCCUCAUCGAGAAGUUGGCCGAUGCCCUCGACAAGCAAGGCUACUUCCGGGCCGUCGACACGCCAUCUAGCAUCGACGGUAACCUCGACGCUCGCAAGUACCAGACUAGCGUCAUGCGCACCAACUGCAUGGACUGUCUCGACCGAACCAACGUAGUCCAGAGCAUGUUCGCCCGCCACACCCUUGACCGCAUCUUUGAGGAUGUUGGCUUCAUGCCUCGGGGCUCCUCGUUCCGUGACGAGGACGCUGCCUUUGAGGACAUCUUCCGCAACAUCUGGGCCGACAACGCCGAUGUCAUCUCCACCGCCUACGCCGGCACCGGCGCCAUGAAGACGGACGUGACCCGAACCGGCAACCGAACCAAGGUCGGCGCUCUCCAGGAUGCCCGCAUCGGCAUCACGCGUUACUUCCGUAACAACUUCCUUGAUGGUCCUCGACAGGACUCUUUCGAUCUCUUCCUCGGAGCCUACAGGCCUGGCUCCACCAACAUUGGCACUACUCUCGUCUUCACUGACCGCCGUCCCAUCCUGAUCCAGGCAAUUCCCUAUAUUCUCGCAUUCAGCGCAUUUAUUAUUUUUGUCGGUCUCUUCACCCGCCGGGCUCCGGACGCGAGCGUCCUGCCCAUGCGUAUCUUCCUUUUCUUCUGGUCCAUUGUCGCGCUCUGGACCUUUAGUUUCGUUUGGAGCCACGGCAUGCUCUAUGUCAACUGGCCCCGUCUCAACCCCCGACCAUACGCCGUGGAGGGUUACAACGAGCACUAUGCCAAGGCACGCAAGGACGCUGUCAUUGGACCCUAUGUGGCCAAGCACGAGAGGGGUCUCAGCACGGCGCGGUACCUCAACGCGGAGGAGGGCAAGAAGAGGAUCGAAUAA